UCGUAAUCGCGUCGCUGCCGUUUCCGCCCUCUGCCAGCCCCACCUCUGCCGGCCCGCUCUCGGCUUCCCCCACCGCGCGGGGGAGCGAACCUGGGAACCCCACACCGGCCGGCACCGACGUGAGAGUGCCCCCCCCAGCUGUAGCCAGACGCCUCGAUGUCCGAGAAGAGCAGGAUUCCAAACCUGAGGAAGAUAUAACCUUGUGCCUGCCUGUUCCAUCCUGUACUCUGGCCCCCUUAGUCUCUCAGGUUCAACCUUCUCUGAUCAGCUAAGGGUUCCAGGGACUCCACUUUCUCUAGACCCAUCCAGCUGAAUAAUACCUGGGUGUUGUCAUACCUGGGGGCAGUGAGGAGUGGCAUCAAGGCACCAGAGCAAGAGCCCUUUGGGGCCUCAGGCAGAGGAGUGAAACUGGAACCAUCAGGGAACAUGAGUGAAUUUUGGCACAAACUGGGCUGCUGCGUGGUAGAGAAACCCCAGCCGAAGAAGAAGAGGAGAAGGAUUGAUCGGACCAUGAUUGGGGAACCAAUGAAUUUCGUCCACCUGACUCACAUUGGCUCUGGGGAGAUGGGUGCUGGAGAUGGACUUGCCAUGACAGGUGCAGUUCAGGAGCAGAUGAGAUCUAAGGGAAAUCGGGACAGGCCGUGGAGCAAUUCUAGGGGCUUGUAGCUCCAAUAGGAAUGGUUCUACCGUCUUGCAGUCCCUACUCUGUUUCCAGCCCAGAAGAGAUGCUGUCCCCACUAAACCCUUCCUAGAACCAUUGACCCACGGCCCUUCUUUCCUCUGUCUGCCUAACAGUGCCUCAAAAGGCUUGGGGGCUGGACUCCCUCUACUCCCUCUGGCUAUAGCCCCUCCUGGAGAUGGGGUUUGAGGCAGCAGGACUGACCAAGUGACUACUGGUUGGCCAGAGGAGCUCAGCUGAAGCACUGGACAAUCCCAGAUCUGAGAAGGGAGUUCUCUGGAAACCUGGAAUGAGUUCUGGUCUCCUGAAUGAUGGUCUGGGUGCCAGCUGUUUUUAAACUCUUAAUCUGGAACUCUUAGAUGGGGUAGGUGGGUGAGAUUACCAAAGCUGAAGGUGGCUUUGCUGAGAAGCUCCCUGCCUCCCUGCCCUUCUCUGCCCUUCCCCUCUCCCCUCCUGAAAUGAACUGAAGCAGAUUUCAUGCAGGGACUGAGUGACUACUGCCGAGUACAUUUUUUCUCCUUGGAUUGCAGACCUUAAGCUCAUAUCCCCUCAGUGUCUCUGCCAGUACCAGGAUCUUUCUCUAAUUACACCUAUAACCCUAUGUUUCUGUAGCAUUACUAGUUCCCCAGUAACUUUUUUUUUUCUUAAUUAAAAGAUUAAUUUAA